CAUUGAGCAAGACUACUCGAUCUCUCUCUCUCUCUCUCUCUCUCUCUCUCUCUCUCUCUCUCUCUCUCCAUGACUCCAACUUAUCUCACCUCCGCAUCUCCUUUGCCUGUUGGAGAGGGCAACGAAGAUGACAAUCAUGUUUUUUUCAUCCAAACAUCCCAAGUUUCAUCAUCUUCAUGCCCCGUCUUCUUCAAUCCAACACAAGGACAAGAGAAGGGAGAUCAUGACGGAGAUCAAACACUGCAACAGCAUAAAAAACAUCAAGAAAAUGAGGCUGAUGGACGGUUUCAGAUUGUUGAUGACAAUGACAAUCAUCACAGCUUCAACCAUUCUAUCCCUAAGCAAGCCGAUCAAGAUCGAGAUCAGUGUAACAAUGGGCCAGUUAAGUGGAUGUCUUCAAAGAUGAGGUUUAUGAGGAAAAUGAUGAAUUCUGAUCAGACCCCAGAGAAAUCUCAGCCAUUGGAUGAUGAGAACAACAAUAACAACGCCACCACAAUUAGAGUCUGCUCAGAUUGCAACACAACCAAGACGCCUCUAUGGAGGAGCGGGCCGCGCGGUCCGAAGUCUCUUUGCAAUGCCUGUGGAAUUCGACAAAGGAAGGCGAGACGGGCAAUGGCGGCUGCAAGCAGUGGUAUAAUCGCUUCUUCUACAUCUAGUAAUAAAGUGUCAAAAGAGAAGCGAUUAAACUGCAAUCACACCAACCAACACAAGAAGCGGUGCAAAAUCACAGCACCUCGAUCAUGGGAGAUUCGAUUUGAAGAAUUCACGAUAAGUUUGAGUAAGAAUUCGGCGUUUCACCGAGUGUUCCCGCAAGACGAGAAGGAUGCGGCAAUCUUGUUGAUGGCGCUGUCUUGCGGCCUGGUUCACGGUUGAAUUUUUAUUUCUUCUCUUUUCUUUUUGUUUCCAGGAUCUUUUUCUUCUAGCUGGUGUGGAGAGUAUGUUUAUGAGAGAGAGAGAAUUAAAGAUGUGAUGGUAUCAGAGAAUAACAGCAAUAAGUUGUUCUGGUGAUCUUUUCAGUUUGUAGUGAUUCCGUUGUUUUUAUAAAGAGGUUGGUAAUGAAAUUACUGAUCACAGCUGCUAGCUAGUGGAUCUCCCUCCGAUUGUUGUUUUUAUAAAGAGUUGGUAAUGAAAUUACUGAUAACAUAUGCUAGUGGA